GCUGAGGAGGCAGCGGAGGCGGCACAAGCCAGAGCUGCCAGUCUGGAGAAGGUCAAGCAGAGGCUGCAUGGGGAGGUGGAGGACCUCACCAUAGACCUGGAGAAGUCCAAUGCAGCAGCAGCAGCUCUGGAUAAGAAGCAGCGGGUCUUCGACAAACUGGCGGCCGAGUGGAGCCAGAAGAAUGAGGAGCUGCAACUGGAACUGGACAGCAGCCAGAAGGAGAGUCGCUCCUACAUGACGGAGCUCUACAAGCUGAAGACGGCCUACGAGGAGAGCCAGGAUCUGAUAGACAACGUCCGCAAGGAGAACAAAAUCCUCUCAGAGGAGAUCAAGGAGCUGGUCGACCAGCUUGGCGAAGGAGGCCGCAGCGUCCACGAGCUGCAGAAAGCCAAGAAGAAACUGGAGGUGGAGAAGGAGGAGAUGCAGCUGGCUAUGGAGGAAGCAGAAGCUUCAUUAGAGGUGGAGGAAGGUAGGCUGGUGCGUUUGCAGCUGGAGCUGGCUCAGGUCAAGGCCGACAUCGACCGCAGAAUCCACGAGAAGGAGGAGGAGUUUGAAGUCACCAGAAAGAACCAUGCUCGUACAGUGGAGUCGCUGCAGGCCAGUCUGGAGGCGGAGGCCAAAGGUCGUGCCGAGGCUCUGAGAAUGAAGAAGAAGAUGGAGGGAGACUUGAACGAGAUGGAGAUUCAGCUGGAGCAUGCGAACAGGAACAACGCUGAGCUGGUCAAAACCCUCAAGAAGCUGCAGCAGCAGAUCAAAGAUCUGCAGGUGCAGAUGGAUGAGGACUCCAGGCAGCACGAGGAGCUGCGGGAGAAGUACAGCCUCCAGGAGCGGCGUCUGUGUCUCAUGCAGGGGGAGAUGGAGGAGCUGAGAGGAGGCCUGGAGGCGUCCGAGAGGGCCCGCAAACUAAUAGAGCAGGAGCUGGUGGACACCACAGAGAGGCUCAGUGAGAUCAACAUGCAGAACCAAAGUCUGACGAUCCUGAAAAGAAAACUGGAGGCUGAACUCACCCGGCUGACCAGUGAGAACGAGGAGCUGAUCUCAGAGUUUCGUGCUGCUGAUGAAAGAGCCAAGAAGGCUGUGACUGACGCAACAAGACUCUGUGAGGAGCUUCGACAGGAGCAGGAUAGAAGUGCCCACCUGGAGAAGAUCAAGAAGAACCAGGAGCAGAAUCUCAGAGACAUGACUCUGAAGCUGGAGGAGGCUGAGCAGCAGGCGCUGAAGGCCGGAAAACGUACCAUCCAGAAACUGGAAACCAGGAUCAAGGAGGUGGAGAACGAGCUGGACCAGGAGCAGAAACGCCACCUGGAGACUGUGAAAAACCUCCGUAAGGGAGAGCGUCGACUCAAGGAGCUGAUCUUCCAGACGGAGGAGGACCACAAGACCAACCAGCGCAUGCAGGAGCUGGUGGAAAAACUCCAGAACAAGCUCAAGUCCUACAAACGGCAGAUUGAGGACGCUGAGGAACAGGCCAACAGCAGCCUGUCUAAGUACAAGAAGACGGUCCACGAGCUGGAUGACGCAGAGGAGCGUGCAGAAAUGGCAGAGAUGACCCUGAACAAAAUAAGGACCAGGAAUCGAGCCUCGACCAUGAAGGGCUUCACCUCGGUGGAGAUUGUCCAGGUCACUAAGCCCAGCAGCGGAGGACAGGACAGCUAAAGUGGACACACACAUAGCUAGAAGUGACACACACUCACUCAGCCCUCUGGAGGACACGUUGUGAGGACGUACGAGCACAGGCACCCAGAAGACAGUCUUAAAAAUAUCCCAGACAGAAAACCUUAGAAAGUCUUAAACAAGUAAACAAGUCUCUAACAUCACCAAUAGUCUUAAUCAGUAUACUCAUAGGACUGGUCACGUAGCCUGUUCCUGUUCAUUUUAGCCUGCAUGCAGUUUUACUGUUAGAUGUUUGUCUGAAUGAACCUGAAGGUGUUUUUAUGUCGCGUCUGACCU